GCGUCAUUAGAAAAGCCACGUCUGCAUAACUGUCACAUAGUGGAGGUUUGGAGGAAAUAUUACAACAGUACAGAUGGGCACUGAGAGUAACCCUAGUCACUUAAACGUGUUCUCCAGCUGUAACUACUCCCGCAAUUUUAAAAGGCACAGAAAAAAUUCAACAAGUAUUUAUUUUAGUCACUGUAGAUCUAUACCGCUUAAUAUGAUUUAUACAGUGGUGAUUUUAUGUUUAGUGAUCAGUUUUGGACAGUGUCACGAAGACCACUUCGAACAUGGUCAUGCACAUCAUGACCACGGUCAUGCACAUCACGGCCACGGUCAUGUACAUCACGGCCACGGUCAUGCACAUCACGGACACGGACAUGCACAUCAUGGCCAUGCACACGAAGACCCUUCAGGCUCUGAAACUGCAAACUUUAGGUAUAGUCGGGAAGCUAACGAAGUUCCUCAUUCAGAGCCCGCUCACCACGAUCACUCUCACGACGGUCACGCUCACCACGAUCACUCUCACGACGGUCACGCUCACUCUCAUCAUGGUCACUCUCAUCACAGCGGUUCUGAAGACAGCAAACAUACCCACCAACCUAAAGUUAUGGGACCAGUACUCUGGCUCCAGGCUAUUGGGGCUACUCUUAUCAUCAGUGCGGCUCCAGUGGUUAUCCUGUUUUUCAUUCCUUUAGAAAAUACCGAGGAUAAUUUACCUUUUCUUAAAAUACUUCUUAGUUUUGCAUCUGGAGGUCUUUUAGGUGAUGCAUUUUUACAUCUAAUUCCACAUUCUGGUUCCCAGAAUUCUGAUGAUUCAGAUGGUGGUCAUGAUCAUCAUCAUGGUCACUCACACGGUGGUGGAGGCCACAGUCAUGAUUUGUCCAUCGGUCUGUGGGUUCUGACUGGGAUUAUAGUCUUCCUCACUGUUGAGAAAGUAGUUCGUCAUCUGAAAGGAUCACAUAGCCAUUCUCAUAGCCAUUCUCACAGCCAAGAAAAAAAGAAAGAGAAGACAUCUGAUGAUGAAGGAGAUGACAAAAAAGAAAAGGAAGAGAAUUCAUCAUCUAAAGAAACAGACUCACAAGUCCAAAACGAAAUUGCUGUAUCUGGUUACUUGAAUCUUGCCGCAGAUUUUGCUCAUAAUUUCACUGAUGGGUUGGCCAUUGGUGCUUCUUUCCUUGUUGGCCGUAAUGUUGGAAUUGUAACAACCAUCACUAUCUUCCUGCAUGAAAUUCCUCAUGAAAUUGGAGAUUUUGCUAUUCUUGUGAAAUCUGGUUGCACCAAGAAAAGAGCAAUGCUGCUUCAACUAUCAACAGCACUUGGUGCCAUGAUGGGAACAAUAUGCAGUUUAGUAGCAGGAAGCACAGGAAUUACAGCUACAGCUUGGGUGCUCCCUUUCACUGCUGGAGGAUUUAUUUAUAUUGCCACUGUCUCUGUUAUUCCAGAACUUCUUAUAGAAUCCAGUUUCCGCCAGUCUAUUAAAGAAAUAGUUGCUCUAAUAUUGGGGGUUUAUAUGAUGGUCCUUAUUGCAAGUUAUGAAUAAAUUUGCUAACUAUGACACUUUUGGCCAAUUUGACACAUCAGUUUAUCAGAAAUGUAACAUUUUUAACUAUUGUUAUUAGCAUUGUUGUGUUGCUGAAGAUUGGGUUGGUCUUUGAAUUUGGUUGUGCCAUACUGCUGGCAUAUAAACUCUUAUCAUUCUCCUCAUGCUUUCCCAAUUGCAUAUGAAGCUUGUAGGGUAAAAAGGCAUUACAACUGAGAGAUGUUAGUCAUCUCAAAAAUCAACACAUUUUAACUGGUGUGUGAAUUUCUUUGGAAGUUGAUAAGUUGGGGAAAGAGAAAGAAUAUCAAAUAAAAAAAAGAAAAAUAUUUAAUAA